AUGCUGCUCAGAGGUACUGACCUAGCACUCCAGAAACUCAGCGCGGUCCUCAUUGCAUCUUUUGUAUUUGUGAUAAUCCUGCUUCGUCCACAGAUCACCGUGCACAUCCCCUCGUUGCGUCUCGGGAAAUAUGGUCAUUAUCCCGCAUCGCGACCUGUCCCAUAUAAUCCAUAUCCCGACUAUAACAGCGCCGCAUGGAAGAAAAAGUGGAGAGGGUCUUACAAAUCGUGUGUUGGCCCCGAUGGCACAUUUUUGGACCCUAAGAACGAAGACACGGCGAUGAAAGGAUACCGCUGGAAUCAAUCAGAAUUCCCUACUCCCAUCUUCGGUUCGUAUGAGGCAUGGAACCUGGACGGGGACCUUUGUGUUGAUCCAUCCUCCCGAUAUGGUGCAUAUAGCUAUGAAGUGAAAGCACAGGAUAAUACUGCAUCUCGUACUUUGAAGAAUUGGGAAGCCGUCAACUGGGCUCACUUGCAACAGGCCUGCCUGGAACGCAACCACGAAAGGUACAACAUGUUGAACCCCGAGCCGAAGAGAUUCACACUGCACAAACAGCAAAACCAACAGGUAGGACACACUGGAGAAACAUUACCAUCAGAAGACUCGUCUACCUCGUUUCCAUCCCAGGACAGCUGUCAUUCUACGCUCUACGAUUGA